CUAAACUAGUGUGUAGACUUAACACUUAAAUUAUGUUUUAGCAUUAAAACAGUUAUUAUUAUCAUUAAUUAUCAUUCAUUAUCAUUAACCUGUUUUUCUUAAAUUAAGUACAACUCUUCGUAUGUUUUUAUUGCGCGCACGCCUGAGGGUGACACGCAGUGUCUCAUAACGGAACUGAGAGUGUCAUUUCAAGUUUUAUUUUAAAAGAACAAAGAGCUUACGGUCGUCAACUGGCAGGUAUGGAUAAGUUAAAACCUCUGCUUAGCUUCACUCAGAAACAGCAAACCAAUUUAGGAUUCGGACUGAUCGCUCUUAUAACUGCGGGUAGCGAGCACGUCUUCAUGGUCUUUGCUUUUAAGUGUCCUUGCAAUGAUUAUAAUUUCGUGUAUGGCAACGUCUGCCUCCUCGUGCCCGCGCUUGCGCUGCUCAUCUUAAGUUAUAUGUUGAGCAAUAAAACAUGGAAAUUGUUCACGGGUCUGUGCCUUAGGAAGUCGAAGCUAUGUCGUUUUUAUUACGUGACUGGUUUUUUGUGUAUUUUUCUUCAAAUCACCACGACUGCGAUGGUUGCACCUCUCAGCUGGAUUGCAGUUGCUCUGCUCAGAGGAGUGUAUUUCGAGUGCUCAAUGACUGGCGCCAACUUCACACUUUUCAGAAGUCACCUGUGCAGCGAAGAGCUUCCUCACUGUCGGACAGAUCUGGAGAAGUUCCCUUGUGAAGGAACCACGAUUCCUCAAAGUGAAAGAGUGGCUGUGCUGUCCAUCAUACGCGCAGAGUCGCAGGUACUUGGUUGGAUCCUGAUAGGUUCUGUGAUGACAUUCACCUUUCUGCUCACUUGCGUGGCCAGAUGCUAUUCUCCGAUCAGCUACAUGCAGCUAAAGUUCUGGAGGAUGUACACUCAAAAGGAGAGUGAAUUGUUGGACAGCUAUACAUCUCAACAUGCCGAAAAGCUUGCAAAGAGAAACAUAACAAGUUUCUUUGAGUUAACCAAACCCACUCCUAUGAACAGUCCUCCCAAACAGGCCUGGGAGAAGAUUUCCACCUUCUACAAGUUCCGAAGCAUGGAUCAAUACUACAGCAUCCUGCACAAAUAUGUGUGCACUUGUGAGGACCUUGAAAAUCCACGUGCAAGGCCUUCGGUGAGAUCCGAAAAUGAUUUUUCAAACCCAGCAGCACUUGCAUUUGUGGACGAGGGUAAACUGGUUCUGUAGACCAGUCGUUCCCAGCCACGUUCCUGGAGGCCGCCCAACACUGCAUGUUUUCCAUAUCUCCUUAAUCAAACACACCUGAUUUCGAUCAUUAGCUAUUAUGCCUGCAACUUGUCCUUGCUUCUUUAUUUUCUGUGCCUUUUAGUGUCAGUUUUCUCAUCUUCAUGUCUUUGCUAUGUUAGCGUUUCUUUUGAAUAAUACAAUGGAAUGAUUUUAACAUUACUGGGUUUUUGUUGUUUAAAGUAA